GCGUCACGCAGUGACGUCACGGCAGCAGCUACUCGACGAGCAGUCAAAAUAAUAAAAAUAUAAAAAUAAUUAAAAAGCCUGAUGUAGCCAAAAUAACAAUAAUAGUGUUUAACUUACUUUAAGUCACUUUAGGUUAUUCAGUGUAUAAUAUUAAGAAUCCGUGUUAGUUAAAUGAUUGAUAUGAGCUGGAAAACUGUGAGGUAGAGUGAGGUGAGGUGAGGUGAGGUGAGGUAGCGUAGCCCAAACAGGCGACAAGACACAAUGAAGAACAGAAGUGGAAGAAGAGCAAGGAAUAAAAAAAAGAAGAAACGAGGAGAGGCUAUUAAUGUGACCCUGUCUUAUGAAGCAUCCUUUGUGAACUUGAGACGAUGGCUUAAACAAAAAGGAUUUCGUUCAAAGUGUUUAAUUCCAGCCAGCUUUACAGAUACAGGAAGAGGGCUGAUGGCUGCACAACCCAUAAAGGCCAACGAGUUGGUCAUUUCUUUACCUGAGAGCUGUUUGCUGACCACAAGCUCAGUUCUGAAGAGUUACAUGGGGGAAUACAUCAAGAGGUCGAAGCCUCCAGUCUCUCCUCUUGUCGCACUUUGCUCUUUCCUUAUUGCUGAGCGAUAUUAUGGAGAUAGAGCAGAAUGGAGCCCUUACAUUAAAGUCCUCCCGAAAUCCUAUACAUGCCCAGUUUACUUCUCAAACGACAUCAUAGACCUCUUGCCUCUAGAGGUUCGAAAAAAGGCAGUGUCACAAAAAGAACAGUUUGAGGAGCUUUAUUCCUCUUCGCUGCCGUUCUUCUUGUCCCUUCAGCCCAUUUUUCCUCAGCCUGUCGAAGUAGUGUUUACUCAGGACGCAGUCCGGUGGGCAUGGUGCAGUGUCAAUACUCGUACGGUGUAUAUGGAGCAUGCCCAGAGCGAUUUCCUCUCACGGGAGAAGGAUGUCUUUGCGCUGGCGCCUUAUCUGGACUUGCUGAACCAUUGUCCUGAAGUACAGGUUCAUGCAGGGUUCAAUGAGCUAUCCCGUUGCUAUGAGAUCAGAAGUGUUCAUGGCUGUAAAAAAUUCCAGCAAGCCUUCAUCUGCUACGGUCCCCAUGACAACCAGCGUCUCCUUUUGGAAUAUGGUUUUGUUGCCUCUGGUAAUCAGCACAGCGUGGUGUACGUUGACGUAGCUACUCUGAAGUCGUGUCUUAACGAAGCAGACAGACAGCUACAACAGAAACUUCUCUUCUUGAAGGACAACGAUUUUCUACGAAACCUGACGUUUGGUCUCGAUGGGCCAUCCUGGAGGCUGAUGACUGCACUUAGGCUCCUCUCCCUAAAGCCAGAACAAUACUCCUGUUGGAAAAAUAUUCUCCUGGGAGCACCAGUGAUCCAGGACAGAGAGGAGUGGUGCAUCCGAAAAGCCCAAAUGCUAUGCCAGCACCUCUGUGAUGAUAAUAGAGAUGCACUGGCGAGAGGACCAUUCCAGAUCAGCGAUCCAGAUCAGCACCAAAAGUCAUAGCAACUUGGGCUGCAACGAUUCACUAAACACCGAUUCAAUUCAAUUCUGCAGUUAAAUACAAAGGACAAACAAACUUCAGAUUUUAAACUUUCAUGAAGAAAAUCCCAUUGAAAUUUGUCUGAAAAGAUGAAAACUUUCCAAAUGCUGACAAGGGAACAGGAUAUGGAAGUUUAAAAUGCUUAAAACAAAAACAAAAAAAAAAAGUGUUGCCAGGCAAAACAAACCUCGCCCGUUAGCACUUAUUUUAGUGUUAGAACAACUGAUUCAAUCUCACAAGUGUGGUCUCUGUUCUGUCAAGGUCAAAAGUAAUAAUACCAAAUUAAAGCCUGUACGGUACGUCAGUACAAUGUAUUACUGAAGUAUAUAAAAGUUGAGGGGAAAAAAAAAAAGAGUAAAUAUAGUAAUACUUUGUCCUGAUGUAGUUUAUCCUUUUUUCUUCAACUUGAAGAAAAAGGAGUAAACUACGUCAGUACAACAUAUUACUGGAGUAUAUAAAAGUUGAAGAAAAAAGGGUAAACUACGCUAUUACAAUGUAUUACUGAAGUACCUAUAAGUUGAAGAAGAAAAAGAGCUAGACUACGUCAGUACAACAUCUCAUCUCAUCAUCUGUAGCCGCUUUAUCCUGUUCUACAGGGUCGCAGGCAAGCUGGAGCCUAUCCCAGCUGACUACGGGCGAGAGGCGGGGUACACCCUGGACAAGUCGCCAGGUCAUCACAGGGCUGACACAUAGACACAGACAACCAUUCACACUCACAUUCACACCUACGGUCAAUUUAGUCACCAGUUAACCUAACCUGCAUGUCUUUGGACUGUGGGGGAAACCGGAGCACCCGGAGGAAACCCACGCGGACACGGGGAGAACAUGCAAACUCCACACAGAAAGGCCCUCGCCGGCCACGGGGCUCGAACCUGGACCUUCUUGCUGUGAGGCGACAGCGCUAACCAUUACACCACCGUGCCGCCCCAGUACAACAUUGUUGACCUUUUUCUCUUCAACUUUUUUGUACUUCAGUCACAAUGAAACUCAUGUUAGAUAUAAAAUAUGACAUCCUAUAUGUUGAUAAUAAUAAACAUCUCUCCAUCUCUGACCAUUUUUCGAGUUCUAAUGGAAAAUAUGCAAAUUUUACCAAUGACCUUGACACCCCCUGACAUUUGACCCCCAACCACUCAGAAAACUAUGAGAGAGACCCCAUCAUGUAGCAUAUCAAUGGAAGCAGAAUUGAAAGAUGAACAUUUUGGAAUUGGUUUGAAGUAAAUAUGAUGAAUAUGAAGGAAGGUAUCGCAAAAAAAAAAAAAGAUUUUGACCUUUUUGGUGACCCUCAAAAUGUUGGAGGUUCUAUUUGAGACCAAUGCCCAUCUAUCCUGAAAGUUUCAUGAAGAUUGGUCCAGCCGUUUUCCCGUAAUGUUGCUAACAAAAAAACAAACAAAGAAACCCCACUGAAAACAAUACCUCGCCCCCUGGUGGACUCCGUCCCGGGCGAGGUAGAUAUAUAAAAUAAGUUAAAAUAAGGAUAUUUUGGCAACUUGAAUUGAUGAAUUCCUGAGCACAGAGCAGUGAGCAUCAGUCCCUCUCACUUACAAACACCUUCCUCUUCAAAGAGAGUUAUUUAAUAUUUAUGUAGAUUCAGAGCAGUUCAAAUCAGUACCGUCAGUACACUCGGACAAGUAACAGUAGGAACUCAGCAACAUGUAAAACUGUUUUGUAACUUGAGCUCUAAACUCUAACCGAUAACAGGUAAAGUAAAUCAUUAGGGAUAUUUAUGCACAUUCAGUUUUGGUCUGUUGACAUCAUUAUUCAGUUUUAACCGUCCCCGCGUACCUGGUUUUCUACUUUCGUAACACUUUCAGUUUUCAAUUUGCCGGCACUUACUUCGUUUACAUCCACGUUGUGUUUCGCUUUAAAGUGCUGAUGACACGAACAUGACUCUAUGCAAUUUCUUAAAUAAACUAUACAACAUGGCAAACAUGUUAGAUUUCUGUUAUAAUUACGUGAAAAGAAGCUGUUGUUACGCGAAUAUCCAACUUUUAAUUGCACAGCGCAAGAAAACUGGGUCCGUGGCUCGCGGCCAUGCUGUGACGUCAGCGGAAGAACACGCUGCGGUUCACUGGCUGCUCUACUCUGGUUCUACUCAAUGGAAAUGGCGCAUGAAAACGCCGGUGAACUCUCUAGUGCUAGCUCUUCCUCUUCUGGGAGUCUAGAAUUGUGUUGAUCUCUUCCGAAUAGAAUCUAUGAUAGCCUACCCUCUUUACCCUUUGCCUCUCGUUGCUAGGCGGCAGUUACAUGAAAGCCGCAAGCUUUCACAAGCAAAUACAUGACUGAUAUCACGCCGACUUUAUGAUUACAUUUAUGAUUAUCAUGUAGAAUCUAUAGCUCUACGUACCUUUAUCCUAUGUCAUUUCACAACACAUGUUCUGACAGGAGGACCGUCUUUGGAGGAGUCGCCGGAAUACUGUAGGCAGUGUUGCCAGAUACUGUUCAAAACCCACCAAAAUGCACUUGAAACCGCCCCAAUCUGGCAACACUGACUGUAAGCACUGCUGAUGGUAGUAACACGUUUGUGCUGAACUGAACACCCAAGAGAUUCUUUUAAGCUGGGAAGGGUGCCAAAACAAUCCAAAUCGAAGUGUUCAGAGCACAGGACGGAUGUUGGUGAGUGCGCCUGACUUGCUUCACCCACUUCGCAUGCACCUCGGGAUCUCUGGGAAACUUGAAUAAACUUGUAGGCUGGUGCGCGGAGCGCUGGGGGCGGGGUUCAGCCGCGCUGGCUGUCACAGGUGCACCUGAAGCCGUUUUAUAUUAAUUGGCAGAUGAGGGUGUCUCAGUCCAUAAAUUGCAGUGUUUUUGUGUGGUCGUAGUAUUUUGCUGAGUACUUGUAUACUCAUCCGAUUACCUUCUGCUCACAGACUGUGAUUUAUUUAAUUAAGCACGUAGCACUUUGCAUCUGCUGUCUGGUUUGCCUGUUUAUGUAUUUUUUUUUUAUCUGGCUCUAAUUAUGUUUUUAUUGAUGACUUUGUAAAAAUAAAAUAUAUUUUCUUAACUUUUAUUCUCCUGUUUCCCUGAUUUCCGUGUCACUAGUUGCCCAUAGAACCUGUGGUG